CCAUCAACGAUUUAUCUCAAUGAAUUGAGCUGAGCAAUCAAAAAUUCCAUCAAAAGCAAAAACACAAACACUGCCCACCAAACACAAAAAAAAAGCAAACACAAACACAAACACAAACACAAACACCACUAUAUAAAGUUGCACACAUUUAUUACUUUCUCAAAGCCUUAAGAAAAUAAAAAGUGCCCAUGAAAGAGCAAUAUUUAAAAGUGGCAGUGAUCGGAGCUGGUGUGUCCGGAUUACACACCGCACGUGAGCUCAAAACGCAAGGCCACGCUGUCACCAUCUUCGAGAAAACCAAUAGACUCGGUGGCACGUGGGCCUAUGAUCCACGUGUGGAACCCGACCCAUUGGGUCUCGACCCGGGUCGUGAAAUUGUCCACAGCAGCUUGUACCAGUCGCUCCGAGUCAACCUGCCGAGGCGACUCAUGGGGUUCUUGGACUACCCGUUUACGGAGAGAAAGGAUCCGAGAGAGUUCCCGGGUCACGAGGAGAUGCUCUUAUACCUUGAGGACUUUGCUAAGGAUUUUGGGUUGGUUGAGUUGGUACGGUUCGAGCACGAAGUGGUUCGGGUUGAACGAGUUGAUGAAGCGAGUCACGAGUGGGUUGUUGAGUCGAGAACUCGGAGGAGUGAGUCAGAAGAGGAAGAGGUGUUUGAGGCUGUGGUGGUUUGUAAUGGUCAUCACACCGAGCCACGAACUGCACACUUCCCAGGAAUGGAUUCUUGGCCAGGAGUGCAAAUACACAGCCACAACUACCGGACUCCCGAACCAUUUCAAAAUCUAAUUGUGGUGGUAAUUGGAAAUGGAUCUAGUGCAGUUGACAUCUUGACAGAGAUCUCCUCUGUUGCAAAAGAAGUUCAUCAAGCCCUACGAGCCUCAGAUAUCCAUUUCAAAAAGUUGGAAAGUCACGAUAAUAUCUGGCAACAUUCAAUGAUAGAAUGUACUAAAGAAGAUGGUAAAGUAGUAUUCCAAGAUGGAUCAUUUGUCUAUGCAGAUGUCAUCAUGCAUUGUACUGGGUACAAAUACCAUUUCCCAUUUUUAAGAACAAAUGGAAUAGUGAGCGUGGAUGACAAUCGUGUUGGACCCCUGUAUAAACAUGUUUUCCCGCCACAGUUAGCUCCUUGGCUUUCUUUUGUAGGACUACCUUACAGGGGUGUUACCACUUUAAUAAUUGAGUUACAAUCCCGAUGGGUGGCAAGAGUUUUAUCUGGCAAGGUGGCAUUGCCAAGUGAAGAAGAGAUGGCAUCAUCUGUUGAAGAACUCUACCAGCAUAUGGAGGAGAGUGGAUGGCCUAAGCAGCACACUCAUCAGCUUCAAAACAAGUUUGAUUAUGAAAACUGGCUAGUCACUCAAAUAUUGGAUUUACCACCCCUGGAGAAAUGGAGGGAGGAGAUGUAUUUCUCUGCGUUGAAGAAGAUUAUUUCAAUUGAUGAUGAUGAAUUUCGGGACACCUGGGAUAUCAACAAGUGGAUGCAAGAAAUAGCAUGAAAUGUUUUUAUUUUUUAUUUUGAACAAGAUUUAUUUUUUAACUUUCGAAUUUGACUUCAUCGUGGUUGAGGAUUAUGUAGGAUAAUGUUUUAUUAUUAAAUUAUUUUCCUUAAUGGAUGUGUGUAAAGUCAAAUUUAUUGAUGUACUUCAAAUUUUGGAUCAAUUUGAAUUAUUCAAGUAAGUUUGGCCUAAUAAGAGA